ACAAUAUCAAAAUAUAUAUUUGCAUUUAUAAAACACUCUGUACAAACAAAAUUUUUUAAAUCUUUAUACAGUCCUAGGAAAAAUAAUCCACAGCUCUUGGCCUUCUUUUGACAUUCAAAUUGAGAAGAUUAUCAGUAGUUACCAAAGUAGCUGCUGGAGUAGGUGUCAAAUGUGAUUUCGGAGAAGCUCUUGGACUAUAAUAUGCACUCAGUCUUUUAUCACUACCUGUACGCUGUAUUUGGGAUGAAGCUAAUCUUCUAGCUGCGGGUGAUAACAUCUGUAGUCUGUCAGAAUGAGGUCUUCCAGCAGGUGAAGUCAGCUGUCUUCUUGCAGCUUCAAUUGCUUUUUUUUUUCGAUCACGAUGUCUUUCUCCAGCUUUGUCAGCAAGUUUUAAAGCUAAACUCUCUCGUUUUGGUGGUUCAGGCAUAUGAAACGAGGGUACAUGUGCUAAAGGCGUGGAAUCAAGACGAAAUGGAGUACCCUCUAUUUCACCCCAAGUCAUGAGUGGAGAUUCAUUUACUCCAGGGGCAGGAGAAGGAGUUUUGACAAAACUAAAUCCAUUUAUUUUAGGUGUUCCAGCAACUACUACUUUUCCAUCAACACCUAUUUUCCCAUCAAGUAUCUUAGACUGACUUUGGGCUAAAUCAAAUAUUCUUUCCUUAUUUUCAUUCUCAUCAAAAGGAUUGACUCGAAGCCUAGUAUUUAAAUGAACAAUUUCUUGUUUUCGUUUGGCUAUUUCAACUUUUUCUUCGGAAGUUAAAUCUACACCAUCAGGAACAUACAUUAUAUAAUUCUUAUCUUUAUAGUUCCACAUAUCCAACUCUAACGGUUUUACAGAGGAGUCAUUUUCAAGGGCGAGUCUAUCUUUAAUAUUUUCAGCAGCUGAUUCUUCCUUAAAUAGCCAUGGGUGUUUUUGUUUAUGUUGCUCUUGAUAAUCCUUGAUGAUAUCUUCAAAACUUUUAUUGUCUUCGCUAGUAUGAGAACCUAGGUAUUGAUCAAGGGACAUUUUAGUUUUAUGUGGCUCUGCGGUAACCUGUUCUUUAUUUUUGGUUUCUUUGUUUUCGAUAUCUUCUCCUGUGCCACCACGAGUUUUAUCGAUGGGUGUUUCAAAUGUAGCAGGACUGGAGUAAAUUUCAGAAUUAAUAGCAUAUUUAGAACUUAGUUGUCUUACUUUAAGAAUAUCAUUUUCACUUUGGGCAUCAAGAUACUCAUUUUGUGCCUUAAGUCUUUCCAAAUCAGGAAAGAAAUCUCGUUCAAUGAUUUUUCCCAUUUCAUCAAGAUAAGUUUCUUCCUCUAAUACUUUUGGUUUUUUAAAUUUUACUUUCUUGGCUGGAGCAGUUGGUAACUUGAAUAAACUCUGAUUAUCAGCUUUGAUUAAUGACAUACUUGCACAGAAAAUAAUAGUUCAAUUCACAAAUAAUUUCCUCAAAGGUCUGAAAUAUACCUUAAAUUAAUAAUUACCUUCCAUAAGUAGUAUCACCAAGGAUGUAGGUUUUAUUAGAUAUCUGUUCUUCUAUAUGCAAAGCAACAUCCACUGAUUCUGACAAAAAUGUAUCAGGAAAUUGUAAGCAAACCUACAUUGAAAAUACGUCGAUUAGUUAAUCUUAAAGGAAAAUGAAUUUCAAUUCAAGUUUUCCCUAACACAUAGCUUUAAAACAAUACCUUUGAGUAAUUAUUUGUUUUAAUCCAAUCAACACACUUCUGAAUUUCAAAUCUGUCCUUCAAUGGAAUAUUGCGAUCUUCAUCAUCAUCUAGCAUAAAAGGUUGUUCAACAGGAGACAUUUCGAUAAAAACAACUUAAACAUUGCCAUUAAAAACAAAACUAACACUUCCACUAUCGUGAACGUCGUAUUACUUGACACAGUGAUACAAAUGAACUGCCGUCUAGUAGGUAUGAGUAUUCGUAAGUGUUAUUAUUGGGAAGGCACUGGUAGUUAUUCAUUCUCAUCCUCUUCUACAACCUGUCAGAUUUUAACCAUCCCCAAUUUUUAAUCAAAUUUGGUUCAUAAUGUCUAGGUUGAAAUAUGUAGGAACUGAAGUAUAAUGGGAUCACGUAUAAGGGAAAAUGUUACACAGUUAUUUGAAUGCUUUUGUGAAGUAGUUAAACCACAGUUAGGUACUGAUGCCUGGAUCAUUCAAAAAUUUCCAGAAAUUUACAAGAAUGAGGAAAUAUUGAAAUCAGUUCCCAAGUUUGCCUAUCCUUGUGAAUUUGACAAUUCUGUGAUUCAACAUUUUUCUUUUGUUCUUACAAAUGUGGAUUCAAAGUGGACAUUUGGUUUCUGUAGACAUGAUCCAGACUCAUCAACUGCCCUAGUGUUGUUAAGUUUUUUGCCUUGGCAUGAGUCAUUUUAUAAAUUACUUAACUGUAUUUCGGAUUUAAUUCAUAGCUCAGAGUCAGAACUAUUAUGGGCAUUCUUGAACAAAGUUUAUACUUCCAAAGUUCCAGAUCCAAAUGGUACUCUGAAAGUCCCAUUAAGUAAUAACUCAAAUUCGGUAUUUGUAUGUCAAGCUCCGGCUCAGUUCCAGUUACCGAAGAUACCUGAGAAUAGGAAUUUGACCGAAUAUUAUAGUGCUGUUGACUGUGAUAAUAUGAUUAGGGUAUUUGCCUCUAUGUUAUUUGAAAGACGAAUUGUAUUCACAUCAAAGAAGCUUUAUCGACUGAGCGCAUGUGUUCAAGCUGCAAAUGCCAUUAUUUAUCCUAUGAAUUGGCAACAUAUUUUUAUUCCUGUUCUUCCUUCUCAUCUUGUUGAUUACCUGUUGGCUCCUAUGCCUUACUUGAUUGGAGUUCCUAAUUCUCUCCUUGAUAAAGUUAGGAGAGCUGAUGUUGGGGAUGUUGUUAUUUUGGAUGCAGAUAAUAACACUGUUGAAUCUCCUUUUGAUGAUCUUGCAGCUCUUCCUCAGGAUGUUGUUAAACAGGUCAGAGGGGAUCUUAAAAACUGUUCUGGGUUACUUGGGGAUGGCGUCUCUCGAGCAUUUCUGAGAUGCCUUGUUCGACUUAUCGGAGGUUAUCGGGAUGCAUUGCAACUAUUGCAAGGACAAAAAAUUACAUUCGACAGGGAAGCAUUUGUUGAAUCCAGGCCAGCUCACCUUCAACCCUUUUUACGUGGAAUGCUUGAGUUGCAAAUAUUUCAACAAUUCAUUGAAGAACGACUUGCAAUGCUGAAUGCAGGUCUUGGGUUCUCAGAUGAAUUUGAACUGGAGGCAUGUAUUUAUGGUGAUAAAAAUAGUUCCAAGCUUAAAGCACAGUAUAAAGAAUGGACUUAUGCAAUGAAAAAGGAAGGCUCAGCAUUCUUAAAAAGUGUUAAAACUAGAGCUAAUCCUGCUGUUAAGUCUGCGGUUAAAACUGUUAAGGAAAGGAGUAGAGAUGUUGGGAAAGCGUAUAAAGGCAUCAAAACAAAGCUGAAGGGAAGUGGUGGCAAUGAUGAGAAGGCUAGUGGAAGCAGUCGAAGAGCAGAACUCAAUGCCAGAAGAACAUCUGAUAUAACUGGAACAUCUACUGGAUACACAACUUUAGGCCCAUCUUCACCUGAACAAGCAGAUUUUGAAUUUUCUCCUAUUAAUUUGGAUCUCAUGGGAGAUUUACAAGAUGUUUUAUUCAAUAAAUGUUCCCUCUCUGAUAGUAGUAUGGUACGUCCUACUGAAGGGGGUGCUACAGGAAGUGAUGAUGAUGUCUUUCUUUUAGGAAAUCUUAAUCAAACAAAAGUUAAAUCAACAUCUUGUGAAGAUUUAAUUCGUCUUGACUCAGAUUCAGAUUUUGAUCCUCUUGCCCCCACUUCUCUUACAAAUCCACUCUAUUACUUUUCCACUGAUACACAUAGAGAUAUGGAUUUGUUAAGGGAAUAUGGUCUGGAUUUCCCUAAUCCAACUCCUCCCCCAAAGCCUCCUGGGCAAUGGGCGAAAUUUGACUAGCAUUGUGUUAUAGAUAACUUUUGUACUCAAGGUUUUUGUCAGUUAAAUAAAUAAAUUGCACAUGUUCAGCAAAGAACUUUAUAUCUAUUGUAUAUCUUCGAAUGUUUGGAGUGAAUGUUCGUGUUGGAUUGCGUUUAUAAUUUAUAUCACUUCCACAGUGUAUUGAGAUGAGUAUGAUACACUAUUUAAACCACAAAUUUGAACAAAAGCACCAAUAAUUGUAAGAUUUAAAAAAAAUAAUAUUCACCAAGAGAGUAAAGGACUGUUUUCUGGUUAAAGACUGACUACAAUAUUAAUUAAACUUUUAAUUGAUAAUUCAAUUUGGAGUUUUAUCUAAGAAGAGUAUGUCUUAAAUUUAGAAUUGAAAGAAUUGUUUGCUUCAUUAAGAAUUUUUUAUAUUGAAACUAUGGUUGGUAAAACUAAUAUUUAUUUAUUUUUUUUAAUCCCUUCUCAUUCAAAAAAUAAAUUUCACAAACAAUUGUUUAUGAUUUAAACUUAAAAUCUGAGAAGCAAGAAGUAGUCAUUAAUUGUCACUUUAUCAACCAAUUUUUCAUAAUGAAAUAAUUAAUCUUCAGCCUAUUGUUGAUUGAAAAACAACAGCCCAUGUUGUCUUUAUUUUAUUUACUAUAUUUUAUAGUUAUACAAAGUACACUGCUUGUAGAAACAUUUUUAGUUUCCUUUAGUAUCAUACUCAAAAUAAAUGCUGCAAUGUUUGCUAGAAAUAUUCUAUGGUGUACUUAAUUGUGGUAUGGAUUAUAGUUGUUGAAAAUGAAUUUUAUUACCAUUAGUAACUAAUAAUUUCUUGCUGUUUAUCUAAAGAUUUUAAUCAUAAGUUUCAUUCCAAACCUUAAGGUAUACAAUAUUUUUAUUUAUUUUUCUUGUUAUCUUGGGCUGAAAAUAUCUUUUAUGAUACAUGUUUAAUAUUAAUUAUUAAUACUUAUAACUUUUAUUAGUUAUUCUCACAUUGUAAAAUUAAUAUGUACAUGCAUUGGCUUGUUUAAACUUCGCUUAUCAAUACAGCUAUUUUAUUUUUAUAAAAAUAAAUAGAUAAAUAAAAAAGUUUUAAAUAUGGUUGAAAUAAG